AUCUGCACUACUAUCCACCGUAUCAUCGUCUACAGUAUCCCUAACAGCAUCAACAAACAAAUGGCACACAAAACAUACUUCGCGUUAUCUAGCUUCGAUUAUCCUCCCGAUAAUUCAAUCCAACUUGGCCAAAUCAUCACCAAUCCAAGCAAGCCAUGGGAGAAAAUCGCCGAACGUCUUCCCGUCGCGAAAUACCAGAUCCAAACGUCUUCCAAAACAGACUGGGGCACCGAAGUCUACCGCGAACACGAGCAACGCAUCGGCAUAUGGGCGCAAUUUGCAGCCAUGAUUCUCGGGGUUGGAGGCGAUGCAAUCGUCGCUUGGUCACGCAAGAACAGUGAAGUGUUCCAGUUCGAUGAGUUGGAAACCACUUUCUUCGAGCCAGAAGCAGAUUAUGUAGAAAGGAGCGUAAUCGGGAAAGAGAGAGAAGCAGUUGCGGACUGGAUAAAGAUGAACCCGCGAAAGAGCGUAUACAUGAUCACAGGAUUGAAGAUUGCGCGUGGUGCAAGUCAUUUGCGGGCUCGUGCACGCGGCAUUGAUUUUGAUCUGAAGCCAGCUAUCGAGGCGACACCUUUCAUUGGAGUACCGCUUUCCGGAGGGCCGCUUGUGGGUGCUGGACGUGAAAAGGGAGAAUCUACGUGGUUCUCUGGCUCUUCGGAUUUUGUAUUUGCAUACCGGCUGAGGAGAAUCAUUAUUAAGAGGCAGACUGUGGCCAAGAGUAACGACUACGUAAAAGGCGCAACCGUGGCCCAUGAUGAAGGCCCGAAGGCUAGCAAAGCCGCAUACGAAACCCCCAGGACAACGUCUCAAGGGCCCGCUCAAAAUCUCCAAAUCCAAUCGGUUGAGCAAUCAGGGAAGGACUAUGGCUCUGCUGGUUAUGACGUCGAAGAAUUUUCGCCAAAGAGGGUGCGCGAUGACCAGGACGAAGAAGACUGCCUUCUACAGGUGCCUGAAAAUCUUUCUUACGAGUUUUAUUGA